CCGUUGACGUGUUCGAUGCAACAUACAGCAGAGCAAAUAUAACUGAAGCGCUAUCGUGUUCGCCUGUCUCGUUCGCCGUUCCGUUCGUUUACCGUUUACCGUUUACCGUACCCGCAGCGUAUCGUGCCGUUCCCCGUUCGCGUUGGUUUUACGUCGGCGGCGGUGUUUUUCCGUGAAACUAACAAAAGAAACAAAAGCAAACCCCAGAAGAAAGCUCAAAACGCGUCGGCAAAUACACCCAAUUUGAGCCAGGGCCAAGAAAGAAAAGUGUUACAAAAAGCAAAAGCAAAACAAAACAGAGAUACAAAUACGAGAUCCCCAAAACGGUGAUACAACUCCCAAAACAGAGAUACAACUGAAGGAGCCCCCAAAACAGAGAAACAAAUCAAAACGACCGAAACAGUGUGACUAAUAAAUGUGCUAAAAUCGCGUUCUGUGUGGUUAGGCGCGUGAACAGGAAAAUGUGUGGUUGCUGAGAACCGAGCGCUACUUGCCACUGCAGCACACACAUACACACACACACACACACACCCACCCAUCCCGAAGCUAGAGAGAAGGAGAAGGAGUGGAGCCAAUUCCCAUACGCCCCACAGUAGCACAGAAAAGCUUUCAAGAUUAUACUCGAAAUGGAUAUGACCUCAACAGCGGAGGCUGCCGCGCGCAGCUGGUACGACAGUCCGCGCUUAGGCGGCGGCGGCUCCGGAUCCGGCAGCAAUGGCGGCGGCGUCUCCCCACACACCAACGGCCUGGGAAGCGCCGGCAGCAGCCUGGCCCACAGCCACCACAGUCUGUCCAGCGGCGCCUCAUCGGCGGGCAGCAGUGUCGGAGCAGCCCUCGGUGGAGGAGCCGGCGGAGCCGGUUCGGGCCUCGGCCUGGAUACCAGCGAUAUGAGUGCGUUCUAUGCGUUGGAGAGCAAUGGACACCAUCGGCGGUACUAUCCGAGCUAUCAUCAGCACACAUCCCGCAUGCCCUCCACACAUGCCACGCCCCAAGUGUGCCGUCCGCACUUCCACACCCCGCUGAGUCCCUGGCUGACCAGCGAGCACAAGUCGUUCGCCCCCGCCAGCGCCUGGAGCAUGGGACAGUUCGCCUGCCCCCAGGAGCCGCAGGUGGAGCACAAGCUGGGCCAGAUGGGCCAGAGCCACCAGACGACGGCCGCCGGCCAGCAUUCGUUUCCAUUCCCACCGACACCGCCAAAGGAUUCGACGCCCGACUCAGUACAAACCGGUCCAUCCGAGUACCAGGCCGUUAUGAACGCCUUUAUGCACCAACAGGCCACGGGCUCUACCUCACUGACGGACGCCAGCUGUGCGCUGGACAUCAAGCCCUCCAUCCAGAAUGGCAGCGCCAGCUCGAGCGGACCCGCCCCCACAUCAGCGCCCAAGCAGCGCGAAGGUACUAACAGCAAUAAUAAUAGCUCCAACUCCAGCAGCAGCCAGCAGCAGCAGCAGCAGCAGCAACAGCAGCAGCAGCAGCAAAGUGGCAGCAGCAAUCCCAACAACAGCAAUGCCUCCUCCUCCGCCUCCGCCUCAGCCUCUGCAGCAACCUCCUCGAACGGCCUGUUCGAUGGCACCGCGCAGGCGCACUACGCGGCCUCCAAUAAUGCCAGCGGCAGCGCGAAUGGCGGAAGCGGGGGCAGCUACGACAGCAGCAGUUACGCGUCCUACCACCACGCUGCGCAGGCGGCGCACCACCAGGCUGCGGCCGUGGCAGCGGCCAACAUGUUCCAAAGUUCCUCCGUGGCGGCGGCCGCCGUGCGGCAUAGUAUGGGUGCAGCGGCGGCGGCAGCGGCGCACCAUCAUCACCACCAUCACAGUGGACACCAUCAUCACUCUGCCUCCUCAGCGGCCAGUGCGGCCAUGCACAGCAUGGGCGGCAGCAUGGGCGGCGGCAUGGGAGGUGGCAGUGGUGCGGGCGGUAGCUCGUCAUCCCUGGGCGGACACAGUGGGUCCGGCUUGGGUGGUGGUGGCGGUGGUGGCGUUGGCGGAGGACUGGAUGUGAAGCCGGUGCGGACGAAGCCGAGGACGAGUGCUGAGGGUCGCGAGUGCGUGAACUGUGGCGCCACAUCGACGCCACUGUGGCGACGCGACGGAACGGGACACUAUCUAUGCAAUGCCUGUGGCCUAUACUACAAGAUGAACGGCCAGAAUCGACCCCUGAUCAAGCCAAAGCGAAGACUGACACUGCAGUCCCUGCAGAGUGCGGCCAAGCGGGCGGGCACAUCCUGCGCCAAUUGCAAGACCACAACCACAACCCUUUGGCGGCGCAACGCCAGCGGCGAGCCCGUCUGCAACGCCUGCGGAUUGUACUACAAGCUGCACAAUGUCAAUCGUCCGCUCACCAUGAAGAAGGAGGGCAUACAGACGCGUAACCGCAAACUGAGCUCCAAGUCCAAGAAGAAGAAGGGCCUGGGCGGCGGCUGUCUGCCGAUGGGCGGCCAUCUGGGCAUGGGCGACUUCAAGCCACUGGACCCCUCGAAGGGCUUUGGCGGCGGCUUCUCUGCCUCCAUGGCGCAACAUGGACACCUUUCGAGUGGAUUGCAUCCGGCGCAUGCGCAUAUGCAUGGCAGCUGGUAUACCGGCGGCAUGGGGGCCUUGGGAGCGUCAAGUGGCCUGCAGGGCGGCUUUUCCACCGCUGGUUCUCUCGGCGGCGGUGUUGUGCCCCACUCGCAGCCCUAUCACUUGGGACUCAGCUCAAUGGGCACCUGGCGCACAGACUAUACGUGAUGGAGCGGUAAUAACUUGAACAAUAAUCUGUUCAGUUAAUGCCACAAAUGAGAAACAAACCAGAUGCAACAAAUACAACAAACACAAUGCCAAACUGAGGACUCCUUGACAGCCAGCCCUGGACAGCCCGUUCGCUAUUAGCACUUGAGAUCCACAUUCCCACAUGUACAUUUGCAUGUGUGGAUGGUACAUAAGUACUUACAUAUGUGCGGGUGUGCGAGUAUGACAGUGAUGCCCAGGCGCUGGUUUUUCCUAAUUGUAAACAUUGCGUGCAAUUUUUAAUUAUUUAAGCUUUCGUUUUGUUGCUGUCGAACCGGACCGGACUCCGAGCCGAGUGAAGCCGGCAGCAAUAACAAAAAAAAUCCCCCAUUAAAAUUAAUUAAAGGGCUGCACAUUUAUUUGUAUUUUAUUUUCGCCUUUAUGGCUUCUCUGUUUCAUAUUUCGCUUAAUUAAUUUAGUUUCUCUCAGCGUAUUCAAUUGUGCUUUAUGAACUGCCAUAAAAAAACAAAACAAAACAGAAACCGAAACGAGAGGGAGAGGGAGAGGGACAGAGGAAGUUUCAUAAAUAUUUAUUGUGUAUAUACAUAUAAAAAAGAGAAGAAAAAUCAAGCACAUAGAGAACUAAACAAAAUUUUGCUAAAAACAAAAAAGCAGACAAACACCGUUACAACGCACGUCCAAAAGAAGAGAAGAGAAAAGAAGUUUUGUAAAGUAAAAGUUGAAAAAAAAACGAAAGACGAUUGUCCUAAUUCGCGGAAUGCAAUUGAAAAUUGCACGAAAUACUUUAUAGCGUAUGCCUACUGUAAACUAGUUAAAUUCUUAGACUCUAAACAAAACAGACGUGAUAAACAAAAAAUGAAAAUCUAUCUAUAUACAUAUAUAAAUAUUCACUAGGGAGCGCCCUUAGCCAUUGUAAAAUAAAUUUAAUAACAAAAAAAACUAAAACA